UUAAGAAGAUCUCCAUUGACCGGGUAGAGUUGUGUGCAGCUGUUCUGAAUAAACGGUUGAUAGCGUUCAUCGAGGGGAUUUCAAGAUAUCAGUUCAGCGGCGGGUAUUACCAUAUUGUCGACUCCCAAAUUGUACGUGCAAUGAUCCAGAAGGAAACUUACGGUUUCAACACUUUCGCAGCUACACGCAUUGGUGAAAUCCAGGAAGGAACUAUUCCUGCUGACUGGUAUUGGAUAAAAGGAGAUUUCAACAUCGCAGACUGGAUCACUCGGGGGAAGAAACCAAGCGAGAUCGGUCCAGACAGUGCAUGGCAGAACGGCCCAGAAUUUCUUACGAAACCCGUCUCGGAGUGGCCAGUAGAGCAAACCUUUAACGGAGAGGAACUUCCCGAGAGAAUCAGAGUAGCAAAGGCAACGAACACGACAGUGACCAACAUCCCAGCAGCUGCAAUCGACAUCACACGAUAUUCUUCGUAUAACAAGUUGAUGAGAGUUACAGCGAGAGUCAUUGCCACGGCUUCCAAGAAUCCAAAGCCAAGCUUGAAGAACACCGGCAAAACAUUGACACCUACGGACAUCCAAAAGGCUGAAACUUUCUGGAUCAAGAAGCACAAGAGUCUAUGA